AUGUUUGUAGUUACAGCGGCUUCCUCGGAGACCAGGGAACGGGACCUGGAAUGUGAUGUCUCAGGAGAGACCGUCAGGAACUUCAUGGAGGCACUCCAAGCUGCUGGGCAGCUGUCAGCAGAUAAUAUCUUACAAACCCUCAAGUUGCUGGAAGUCAAAGUCCUGAAUAACAGGAUGACAACUUCAUCACGCCAGAAGGUGACCGACACCCUUGUGGACUACCUGCGGGCAGUGAAACCAGAAGGAGAACUGGAGGAGAUGUGUGUUUCAGUAUUAAUGGCCCUGGGGUCCCAGUCUCCAGAAAUGGUCAUCGUCAAACUGUGGGACAGACUGCGUCUGCACGACCUGCCCCCGAGGAGCCUCCUGGUCACAGUGGGGAAGCUGAGCCUUGGCCAGGGUGUGGCCCCCUACCUUGGUGCCACGUGGGAGCACAUCCUGUGCUUUCUGAGGAUGGCCCAAGAGGAGGAUGACGUGUUGGCGAUCUGUCGAGCUCUCAGUGGAUUGGUCAUCAGUGCCCGGAAGCAUCUGGAUCUGGGCUCUACAGAUGAUGAAGUGAUGGACAUCACCCCAGAGGCAGUGUCCAUCAAGGCCUACCACACCCUCCGCAUUCUCUUCAACCAUUGGUCUCUGAAGAACAAGAACAAGGUGACUGAGCAAGUCCUGGUGAUAGCUGGCCACCUCUUCUUCCUCAUGCCACCGUCCAAACUCAAGAACCAAGUGAACCAGUUGAUCCAGUGGCUAAUGACUUUGAUAACUACAGGAGUGACGCCUUUCUACAUUUCCCAGGUGACUGGGUGUAUCUGCCAGCUUGUGGACGCUCUGGCUGUCAGCGGCUGCGGGGGCAUGAACUUGGAGUCCCAGCUGGAGAACAUCGUGCCCAUGCUGUUCACGCAGCUGCACGAAAAAGUCAACACGUCAGAUCCCUACUCUGUCCAGAGCCGCAGCCUCGCCAUGAGGGCUUUCUUCAUCCUGACGAAGUUACACAAUGACCAGGUGGUACUGUUAAUCCGAAAGACCCUGGAAUCCAAGGAUCCGGCCAAGAUAGUGCCAGCCCUUCAAGUGUUCAUGGAAAUAUUCCAGGAAGUGCCCCAGACAGAGACGCUCAAGCGUGAGGUGAUGCACUCCAUCGUUGUGCUGAUCCAGGAGGAUCUCAAACCAGUGCGGAAGACCCUUCUGAGCUUCCUUGAGAUGCUGGGCCGCCUCGGCUACCUGACCCUUCCCCAGGGAGACGUCGUCAUCGACUACACCAUCCAGCUCUGCCAGUCUGACCGCUCAGUGCCCUUGCCUAAGCUGAUCACCUUGCUGUGUCAGCCCAGCAACAGCCUGGCCUUCGUGCCGCUGAGUAAGACGGCCACGGAGAUGGCCCUGAGGGCCCGGGCCCUGGGCCAGGUCCCCUACCUCAGCGGCUUCCACCUCCAGCUCCUGAUGGUGCGCUGCCCGUCGGGACACCCUGGAGCUGGCACUGACUGUGUCCUCUUCUUUUAUCCUCUCUUUAACUUAGCCACCCAGUUCAUCUCCCCACAGAAACUCCUGGUCCACCUUGUGAUGUUUUCCCUGAAACCCUAUAGAGAAAAGGAAUUUGGUGUAAGCUCGCUAAGGCUACUGAAUGCCUUGCAUCCUAUCACCUCGCUGCACCCCAUUAUCAACUUGGAUGUGGGCUGGCUGUGGACAAAGGAGAUCCCCAAGAUGCUGCAGAUCCUGGAUGAUCACACCGAGAAGACCCUGAGUCAGAAGGAGUGGCAGGACAGGCUGCUCCAGUUUUCAAGUCAGUCUUUAUUGGCCAUCGGUGACGACAAGUGGCUGGAACAGCUCCUCAGCGUCAUCUUGGAGAGGAUAAAUUAUUUCAGCGACGAAGCCGAGGAGAAGGCUUUCCUGUAUAAGUUAUUCGGCUUCUGCCUACGGACCACACGGAACACGGAACUGUUGAAGAGCAUGCUUUCCUCCCUCCUGCAGACUGCCCACGAGGAGCUGCAGGAGAGAGAGGGCAUCGCCGUGGCGCUCAGCAUUGUGUCCACGAAGCAUCUGAAGACAGCCCUGGACCACCUGCAGGCAUACGGUGCUGUCCUCACUGACAAGGCCUCAUCCUUCAUACUCAGACUGAUGAAGGAGCAUCAGCCCAGGGAGUGGGGGCUGGUCUGUCACACCAUCUACUUGUGCUACAGCAAGAUUGUCUCAGAGAGCAAGGCGGCCGCCUUCGAGCACUUGGACGCCAUCCUGGCCCUGGUCCUGCAGCACUACCGCCACUGCAUCGUGGAGAAGGACAAGAACCUGAAGCUGGACUACCUGGACGCUCUGACCAAGCUGACCGGGGUCCUGGGCAGCCAGCCCGCGGCCUUCCGCUUGGAGUUCCCCCACAAACUGGAGAUGGUGGCCUUCAUGGUGGAGCUCAUCAAGGAGGAGCCGCUGACCUCCAUCUCCAGCCCCAUCAGGCAGAAGGCGAUGAGCAUUGUCACUGACUUCAGGCAGCUCAGGCCCCUCUUAGAGGUGAAGGAGAGAGCAGAGCUGCUCCGGGCGUGCUGCAAGAGUGUGUUCUGCCUGCCGCCCACAGAUGUGUUGCGAAAGGAGGCGUCCCGUCCCCGGGAGGCCAGUGCCAACGUGGAUCUGUUCAGGGAGACCCUGCAGUCCCUCCAGAAGCUAAUGGAAACACUUAUUGUCGAGAUGCCCACUCGGAUCCAGCACUGCUUGGAGUUCCUGGACACGUGGCUGAACUCCCAGAAGGACAGCGAGCGGGAACGGGCCAUGUGGUGCACAGCCUGUGUUCUUGGCUUCACUGCAAAAAUGAACAACUUUGAAACAGAAAUUGAGUUCACCCGGCUGGGGCGCUUGGUGAGGCUGCUGGCCGUACGCUGCCAGGACCCCGUGGACAAUAUCUGCUUCCUGUCUGCCCAGGCCGUCUACAGCCUCUACUGCAUCCUCCUGCAGCGAAAGAAGAUGGCAAGGAAAAAACAGGGCUUGUGGGAGGAAGAGGGCAGGAGCGAAGUGUACAGUGCCAGCAUGUUCUACAACAGCACCUUUGAGAUUGCCGAGCCCGACCGCACCGUGUUGCAGGCGUUUGCGGAGUACUUCACCCAGACGCAGGUCACCAACCUGGUGCUGACGGCCAUGGAGGGCCUGACCAACAGCAAGGCCAAGGAGUCUCUGGCUGCAGCCCAGCUGAUGAGUGGUGUCCUGAAAGAACGGGGCAGAGAUAUGAAGAAGAUUGAGGAAGUUGUGGAGGGCAUCCUGGAAUCGCUCAGUUUGCAGCUGGAGCCCAGUACGAAGGAGGAGACCCUGCGGGCCAUGUGCCUGCUGGCGGGCAACAAUGCCCACAUUGUGGUGCCCCUGCUGCUCAACAAGCCCCUGCCCUGGAACAGAACCAGCCUGUCGGUGUGGAAGGCGUUUGGCACCCAACGAGAGACCACAAUCGGUGUCCUGCAGGUGCUCAUAGGCGUCCUGGAAAAGCUCGACUCCAGGGACGAGACCGGGGAGAUGCCCUUCCGGCCUGUGGCGGUGGCCUGUGCGUUGUGCGAGAUGCUGUCGGGGUCCCUGUGCCAGGAGGCCGUGAAGGAACUCUACCCGCGGCUGCUGCUGGCAGUGCUGCAUCAUCUCUGCUGGGUGAUUGAGCAGAAGCCCCCCCAGAAGAUGGUGGUCUACACCAAGGAGGGGGGCCUGGGCAGCAAGAGCAAGCCCUUCGAUCCCACUAGUUGUGCCCUGGAGGUGGUGAAGUUGGUGCUGUUGGCAGCCGCGUAUGAGAGCGUGGUGUUCUAUGGAAACCAGCAUCGCAGCUGGGACCUCCUGUCCUGCCCCAAAUUUUACUAUAUAGGGAUCAUGGACCUGACCAGUGCCAUGGUGAAGAACUGUGAGCCGGCCAUCCUGCACCAGCUCCUCAGCCUCGUCAGGAACUUCCUCUACAGCUUAGAUCAUCGUUGGAAGGUCCUGGCCAGGGCCUUCUACGCGCAGCUCCUCUGGCACCGGUCAGUGGCUCAGACUCUGGGGCAUGACUUCCUGAGCAACCUUGUCACGUGGAUCAAGGAGCCUGACCUUGUCAUGAAGGAAGUUGGGCUCCGGGGCAUCAGUAACCUGGCACUGCAUCCAGGACAAUCGGCGUCUCUGAAGAGCCUGGUUCCGUCCUUGAGAGACCUGCUGAAGAAUGAGGUGCGCGUGACGGUGCAGGCAGUGAAGAGCCUGCGAAACAUCAUCUGCCACGGGCAGGCAGAGGACGCUAAGGUGGUCUUCUGCAGCAUCUCCAAACACCUGCGCCCACUCAUCAACGAUGAGAGGGACCAGGUGAAGAUCUCAGCCACCUCUGCCCUGGGCCACAUGCUGCAUCAGGUUGACAAAUGUAAGCCUGGGCCCUCCAUCUGGAGGGAGAUCUACACUUUCCUGGUCCCGCUGCUGCUCAGUAUUCAGGACAACAACCCCGAGGUGGUCAAGGCCUGUGGAGGGGCCCUGACCGAGUGGACUAAAGUGAUUGGCUGGUCAUCGCUCACGCGGACAUUCCGCCACACCACUCUCAGUGACCACAUCCAGGUAUUGGAAGAGACAUGCAAGUACCUGGUGGUCACCAGCAGAAGACAGCUCUUGGGGGAGUUACUGUCCCAGAGCUUUGGCUUCCUGAAGAGCCCGCAGCCCUUCCUGAGGACAGCUGCCGUCAGCUUCAUAGAAUUAACAGUUAAAAGGAUAAGCAUGAAUCACUUACACGAGGACGAUGUGCGGCUGUUCCGGAACGGUGAGUCUGGGCUUGUGCCCGGGGGCCGGUGA